GUGAACCAAUGUGAAUUGGGUUUCUAGAUUUUUUUACCAAAAUAUAAAAGAUUUCAUGUUGUCCUGGUGGCUUUAAUUUCAGCUUUGUAAUUUUUGGGGAUCCUCCUAGCUGCUCAGUUUGGUACUUUGGUUACAUAAUUUUCUCGGCAACCAAACAAGUUUCCUAUUUUACUGGGGCUUCCCUUUUUUGGGGGACUUUUUCUUUUUGUUAAACAAUGCCUGAACACUGAACAGGUGGUACAGGUAUGGAGUUCCACGAUCAAUUUUUGGGUACAUUGAACCUAGACAAAAACAAAGCUGGGUUUUUUUUUUAUCAAUCUAAAUCUUCCUCUUGUGCUUCUUCAAAGAUUGCCCAUUAUUUAUAAAUUGAAAAUUUUUGUUCCCAGAAACAUGAGGACCGUUGAGUGUGGGAAAGAAAGAGAAGGAGUUUUGAGCUCAAGUGCAUUUUUUCAGAAAGGAAGACCUUUUGGAUAGGUGUAAUUGUACCCCCCCACUAUCAGUGGUUUUCAUGAGAAGCAUAUGUAGGAGCUUGAAAAGUUUGACCAGAAGUCCUUUUUAAGUGCUUAUAUAAGGAAGAGCUUCUUAGCUUCCUUCAGCAUUCACGUAAGCCCUGUGUGUACUUUCAAACAAUUAUUUGCGCAAAGCCUUGUCUGGCAUCCAUUCUUUUCAUUGGGUGAACUGCUCAUUCAUGGCUUCAGUUCAUUCAAACAACGAAGAACUUGAAACGAAAGAGAUGGAUACUAGAAGUAUGUCAUCUUCGCGCAAUCAUUCACAGGGCACACCUUACAUUCACAAAGUAGGACUUCCCCCAAAGCAAAAACUCUUCAAGGAAUUCACAAACACCAUCAAAGAAACAUUCUUUUCAGAUGAUCCUCUAAGGCCCUUCAAGCAUCAGCCAAAGUCGCGAAAGUUCAUCCUUGGCGUGCAGGCCAUCUUCCCCAUAUUUGAAUGGGGGAGAGGAUAUAAUCUGUUGAAAUUUAGGGGGGAUCUAAUUGCUGGGCUGACUAUUGCUAGUCUCUGCAUCCCUCAGGACAUUGGCUAUUCAAAACUUGCAAACUUGGCUCCCCAGUAUGGAUUGUGUAAGUAUCUAUGCUACUCAACAACACCUUCCUCUCUUGUGACUGAUUUCCUUAGAUAUUGUUGUGAGACUGAGACUUCUCUUCUGUUGUUCCAAACCUUUACAGACUCGAGCUUUGUUCCACCGUUGAUCUAUGCUAUCAUGGGCAGCUCAAGAGAUAUAGCCAUCGGACCUGUGGCUGUGGUGUCUCUCCUGUUGGGUACCUUGCUCCAGAAUGAGAUUGACCCCACAAAAAAUCCCGAAGAUUACCGGAGGCUGGCGUUCACGGCUACCUUCUUUGCUGGGAUCACCCAAGCUACCCUUGGGAUUUUGAGGAUGGGGUUCUUGAUUGAUUUCCUAUCUCAUGCCGCCAUUGUUGGAUUUAUGGGCGGAGCUGCCAUCACAAUUGCACUCCAACAGCUUAAGGGUUUUCUUGGCAUAAGGAAGUUCACAAAGAAAGCUGAUAUUGUCUCUGUAAUGCAAUCAGUAUUUCAGUCAGCCCAUCAUGGGUGGAACUGGCAGACAAUGGUCAUUGGAGCAUCAUUUUUAACGUUUCUUUUGUUUGCCAAAUAUAUUGGAAAGAAGAAGAAGAAUCUCUUCUGGGUCCCAGCAAUUGCCCCGCUGAUAUCGGUUAUCCUGUCCACCUUUUUUGUGUACAUAACUCAUGCAGAAAAGAAUGGGGUUGAAAUUGUGAGACAUAUCGAAAAAGGAAUCAAUCCUCCAUCUGUGAAUGAAAUAUUUUUUACCGGGGACUAUCUCGCGAAGGGUUUUAAGAUUGGUGUUGUGGCUGGGAUGAUAGCAUUAACAGAAGCUAUAGCAAUUGGAAGAACUUUUGCUACCAUGAAGGACUACCAACUCGAUGGAAACAAAGAAAUGGUAGCUCUAGGAACCAUGAACAUUGUUGGCUCAAUGACUUCCUGCUACGUGUCGACAGGUUCAUUCUCUCGCUCGGCAGUGAACUACAUGGCAGGCUGCCAAACUGCAGUCUCUAAUAUUGUGAUGUCCUGUGUUGUUUUCCUGACCUUGCAAUUCAUUACACCUCUUUUUAAGUACACCCCAAAUGCCAUUCUCGCUGCCAUCAUUAUAUCUGCUGUGAUCAACCUAAUCGACUUCCAAGCAGCAAUCCUUAUAUGGAAGAUUGAUAAAUUUGAUUUUGUGGCUUGCAUGGGAGCCUUCUUUGGUGUAAUCUUUGUAUCUGUCGAGAUAGGCCUCUUAAUAGCGGUCUCAAUAUCAUUCGCUAAAAUCCUCUUACAAGUUACCAGACCACGGACUGCAAUACUUGGGAAGAUCCCUAACACAACUGUGUAUAGAAACAUCCAACAAUAUCCAGAAGCAACCAAGGUUCCAGGCGUUAUGAUUGUGAGAGUUGAUUCUGCCAUUUACUUUUCCAACUCCAACUACAUUAAGGAGAGGAUAUUGAGAUGGUUGGCGGAUGAAGAAGAACUGCUAAAAGAAGCAUACCUACCAAGCAUUGAGUUUUUGAUAGUUGAAAUGUCACCUGUGACUGAUAUCGACACCAGUGGCAUUCAUGCCCUAGAAGAGUUGCAUAGUAGUCUCCGAAAGAGAGACAUUCAGCUUGUUCUUGCAAAUCCUGGUCCAGUGGUGAUUGAUAAGAUUCAUGCAUCCCAUGUCGCAAACUUGAUCGGCGAAGACAGGAUUUUUCUCACGGUUGCAGAGGCUGUAUCGUCCUGUUCUCCAAAAUUGGUGGAAGAAGCUUGAGAUCAAAAUGGAAUGUGAUUGUUGUUUGAGAGAGAAAUGGGAUGCACAAGUAUGCACUUUUGAAUUGGAGGUGCAGUUGAGUAGUGCAUGGUGGGGAAUCAAAUUAUGAAAGUGGUUUGGCGUGCCUGGGUCCAAUGCAAGUAAAAAGUAAAAGAUAACAACAUAAAAAGGUGCACCAUGGUGCACUCCAAGCGAUAAAGGGUGUUUAAAAUACAGAAAAAUGUGCAUAGAAUGAGAAUCUAACUGUUGACUCUCUCUCUCUCUCUCUCUCCCCCCUACGUUAAGAUUGUAACCUCAACCAUCGUGCUAUCUGUAGUUUUGAUUUCUAGCUCACUGCCUUGUAUCCCCGACGUAUUGAAGAAAUUUGAUAAAAUGCAUUUUGCAUUCUUACUUUUGGCAAAUAUCUAGUGCCAACACUCUUGUUUUUGUUGUUAAAUAUAGAUUUGUAUGCUUUUCUUUUA